AGCCAUUUUGGCUCAAGCGCGCCCAGGGAGCCCGCCGCGCCCGGGGCGGGCGCCGCGCCGGGCGAAGCAGCCUCCGCCGCGCGCCGCCCGCCGCCAUGAGCUGUGGCCACAGCGCGCCCAGGGCGCCCGCCGAGCUUGGGGCGGGGCCCGCGCCCGGCAGGGCAUCCUCCGCCGUCAGCGACUACUACUCUCUCGGCGCGCUGCUCGCCUCCGUGGACAGCGGGGCGGUCGCGCCGCUGCGCGGCCGGUGGCUCGUGGAGCUCCACAGGCGCGGCGGGCGCCUGGCGCGUCGUCAGGACCUGCCGCCCGAGGCCUUCUGGACGGCGGCCGAGCUGCGGCGCGUGGCCGAGCGGCUGGGCGAGGAGUUCGGGGUGGUCUUCGUGGCGCUCUCCUACAGGUGGCUGACGAGGGAGCACCCGGAUCCGGAGGCCUUCCACCUGGCACUCGUCGUCUGGGCGAUGGAGCUCUACCUCGGAGGCACGGGGGACGCGAGGUGGGAGAGGGGCUUGGACAGCAACUCGCCCCUCGCGAAGGCUUGGGCCGCUGCUGGACUGGAGGGGCGGCCAGACUGCGCCCUCUUCUGGGACUUUGCGAGCCUCUUCCAGGCGCCUCGCUCGGCCGAGGAGGGCACGCUAUUCCGCGCGGGGCUCAAAGCUUCCAACAUUUGGUAUGGCCACUCGACCACCGUCUGCUGGAUGCAAAGCGCGCUGCCUGGGAGCUUUGAGGGCGCCGCCUACGAGGACUCGGGCUGGUGCUUCGUCGAGGCGGCGAUCAGUGCGGCGGUCAAGGCGGGUUCGAAUCGGCUGAAUCUGGGCAAGAUCCCCGAGCUGGCCAAGUCCCGCGAUUGGCGUGAUCUGCGUCAAGAGGGAGUGCGCUCGUUGUCUGCGUGGGCAGACACACACCGUGAGUACGAGCCUUUUCUGCGGCGGGACUGCGCGUCCGCACGGAUGCCGCCGCUCUGCCCCGCCGAUGUGAAGCGGCUACUCGAGACCGAGAAGACAUUCACCAACAACUCUGACGUUGAGGUGGUGGCCGACCUGUAUCGUCGCUUCUUUGAAGCCGUCAGUGCCGGAGCAUCAGAGCUGAACUUCUCACAGCUGGCAUGGGACGACAAAGAGAUACAAAUGCUUGUGCUGGCGUUGCCACAUUUUGUUCGGCUGGAGUCGCUCAACCUCUCCAGGAAUUGCUCUGCCUGGGGCGGGGGGUUGCAUGUGGCAGGAGCGAAGGUCUUGGCCGAGUACUUGGCGGUCAGCGCGACGCUGACCUCUCUCGAUUUGAGCUCGGAUACCCUGCAGGUCGAUAUAAAGUGUAUCAUCUCGACAAUAUUCGACGCUCUCAGGUCCAACACCUCGGUGCUUAAAAAGCUCUUUCUUGACUUCAACAGCCUGGGCGACUCGGGCGCGAUCGCCAUCGGCGAGGGCCUUAAGGGUAACACGCAUCUCGAGGAGCUGGUCCUCCAGCGUUGCAAGAUUGGCCCGACAGGGGCCGUGGGGCUGGCCGAAGGACUGGUCAGCUCGGUGUUGACCACACUCAAUCUUGCCGACAACGUGAUCUCUGGCAUAGACUGGCGCAGUUUCCGGGGGACGACAACAGACGUCGGCUUGAAGGCGAUUGUCGUGGCCCUCAGGUCAGACACCUCUGUGCUGACACGCAUAGAUUUGCGAAACAAUGCUCUCAAAAGUUUCGAUGGCGCUGAGGAGCAACUGCGCUCUGCUGCGGGUACAAAGCCUUGGGCGGUUGAAGUGUUGUUCGGCGAAGGCAAUUUUUCUGGCUGCGAUUUCGAACCUCGCCGCGCAUACAAGGAUGCUGCGUAUUGAAGCUUGCUGAUGUGAUCUUAGGUUGUGCACGAUGUGUGUCGCGAGCCGGCACAUGUUUCCAAGCAGCCAAUUAGGGCUUCUCAAAUUAAUGUGAGGUUACUCUCACUGUGAAUACUGCACUGCGUGAGAUGCGUUUGAGGCCGUGCGCUACUCGCCCCAGGGGUCGUAUGCCGCCCUCCUAUACGCUGACCUGCUUGCGCCUCUGACGCCGACCUGUCUGCGCCUGGCCUCGAGCUGCAGACGCUGUGCGCCACCACCGGUUGCCCUCGGCGAAGUCUGAGAGGCGUGGACGCUUCCUGCUGUUCCUACUCGCAGGAGGGGAAAAACACAGACACAACUAGUCGUCGAUUCCCCAGAACAUAAUAUGGGAAGUGGGGGGGAGACAAAAAACCUGAAAAUAUGGAAGAAUCGUGGGCCGUGCCGCGCCCAGGGCGCCCGCCGAGCUUGGGGCGGGGCCCGCGCCCGGCAGGGCAUCCUCCGCCGUCAGCGACUACUACUCUCUCGGCGCGCUGCUCGCCUCCGUGGACAGCGGGGCGGUCGCGCCGCUGCGCGGCCGGUGGCUCGUGGAGCUCCACAGGCGCGGCGGGCGCCUGGCGCGUCGUCAGGACCUGCCGCCCGAGGCCUUCUGGACGGCGGCCGAGCUGCGGCGCGUGGCCGAGCGGCUGGGCGAGGAGUUCGGGGUGGUCUUCGUGGCGCUCUCCUACAGGUGGCUGACGAGGGAGCACCCGGAUCCGGAGGCCUUCCACCUGGCACUCGUCGUCUGGGCGAUGGAGCUCUACCUCGGAGGCACGGGGGACGCGAGGUGGGAGAGGGGCUUGGACAGCAACUCGCCCCUCGCGAAGGCUUGGGCCGCUGCUGGACUGGAGGGGCGGCCAGACUGCGCCCUCUUCUGGGACUUUGCGAGCCUCUUCCAGGCGCCUCGCUCGGCCGAGGAGGGCACGCUAUUCCGCGCGGGGCUCAAAGCUUCCAACAUUUGGUAUGGCCACUCGACCACCGUCUGCUGGAUGCAAAGCGCGCUGCCUGGGAGCUUUGAGGGCGCCGCCUACGAGGACUCGGGCUGGUGCUUCGUCGAGGCGGCGAUCAGUGCGGCGGUCAAGGCGGGUUCGAAUCGGCUGAAUCUGGGCAAGAUCCCCGAGCUGGCCAAGUCCCGCGAUUGGCGUGAUCUGCGUCAAGAGGGAGUGCGCUCGUUGUCUGCGUGGGCAGACACACACCGUGAGUACGAGCCUUUUCUGCGGCGGGACUGCGCGUCCGCACGGAUGCCGCCGCUCUGCCCCGCCGAUGUGAAGCGGCUACUCGAGACCGAGAAGACAUUCACCAACAACUCUGACGUUGAGGUGGUGGCCGACCUGUAUCGUCGCUUCUUUGAAGCCGUCAGUGCCGGAGCAUCAGAGCUGAACUUCUCACAGCUGGCAUGGGACGACAAAGAGAUACAAAUGCUUGUGCUGGCGUUGCCACAUUUUGUUCGGCUGGAGUCGCUCAACCUCUCCAGGAAUUGCUCUGCCUGGGGCGGGGGGUUGCAUGUGGCAGGAGCGAAGGUCUUGGCCGAGUACUUGGCGGUCAGCGCGACGCUGACCUCUCUCGAUUUGAGCUCGGAUACCCUGCAGGUCGAUAUAAAGUGUAUCAUCUCGACAAUAUUCGACGCUCUCAGGUCCAACACCUCGGUGCUUAAAAAGCUCUUUCUUGACUUCAACAGCCUGGGCGACUCGGGCGCGAUCGCCAUCGGCGAGGGCCUUAAGGGUAACACGCAUCUCGAGGAGCUGGUCCUCCAGCGUUGCAAGAUUGGCCCGACAGGGGCCGUGGGGCUGGCCGAAGGACUGGUCAGCUCGGUGUUGACCACACUCAAUCUUGCCGACAACGUGAUCUCUGGCAUAGACUGGCGCAGUUUCCGGGGGACGACAACAGACGUCGGCUUGAAGGCGAUUGUCGUGGCCCUCAGGUCAGACACCUCUGUGCUGACACGCAUAGAUUUGCGAAACAAUGCUCUCAAAAGUUUCGAUGGCGCUGAGGAGCAACUGCGCUCUGCUGCGGGUACAAAGCCUUGGGCGGUUGAAGUGUUGUUCGGCGAAGGCAAUUUUUCUGGCUGCGAUUUCGAACCUCGCCGCGCAUACAAGGAUGCUGCGUAUUGAAGCUUGCUGAUGUGAUCUUAGGUUGUGCACGAUGUGUGUCGCGAGCCGGCACAUGUUUCCAAGCAGCCAAUUAGGGCUUCUCAAAUUAAUGUGAGGUUACUCUCACUGUGAAUACUGCACUGCGUGAGAUGCGUUUGAGGCCGUGCGCUACUCGCCCCAGGGGUCGUAUGCCGCCCUCCUAUACGCUGACCUGCUUGCGCCUCUGACGCCGACCUGUCUGCGCCUGGCCUCGAGCUGCAGACGCUGUGCGCCACCACCGGUUGCCCUCGGCGAAGUCUGAGAGGCGUGGACGCUUCCUGCUGUUCCUACUCGCAGGAGGGGAAAAACACAGACACAACUAGUCGUCGAUUCCCCAGAACAUAAUAUGGGAAGUGGGGGGGAGACAAAAAACCUGAAAAUAUGGAAGAAUCGUGGGCCGUGCGCACGAUGUGUGUCGCGAGCCGGCACAUGUUUCCAAGCAGCCAAUUAGGGCUUCUCAAAUUAAUGUGAGGUUACUCUCACUGUGAAUACUGCACUGCGUGAGAUGCGUUUGAGGCCGUGCGCUACUCGCCCCAGGGGUCGUAUGCCGCCCUCCUAUACGCUGACCUGCUUGCGCCUCUGACGCCGACCUGUCUGCGCCUGGCCUCGAGCUGCAGACGCUGUGCGCCACCACCGGUUGCCCUCGGCGAAGUCUGAGAGGCGUGGACGCUUCCUGCUGUUCCUACUCGCAGGAGGGGACAAAAA